AUGGCUGGAGGAAAAAGGAAACCAGCAGCUACUGCAAAGACUACAAAGUCUGGUGCUGCAACAAGAGGAAAGAAGAAGGUUGAGGAGAUUGAAGAACAUGAGGAUGAUGAGAUGGACACUGGAAGUGAACAAGAAGUGGAGGAAGAGGAAGAGAAGCCAAAGAAAAAGGUUACAAAGACAAAGUCACCAAUCAAACCAACUACUACAACCACAACAAGAACAAGAAGACAACCUCCUGCAAAAGGAACAAAGAAGAAGAAUGAUCAUGAUGAAGUCCAAGAUGAUAAUAAUGAUUCACAAGAUAUAUCUAUUAUUAUAACUGAUCGCGAAAUGGAUGACAAGAAGAGAAAACGUACAACGGCAACUACCAAGAGGGCUGCGGCUGCUGCUGCUGCAACUGCAAACAAGCAUUCAAAGUCAAAGAAGAGACCAGCAGAAGAAGAGUUGGAUGAAGAGGACGAGGACUCUGAGGAGGAACAGGUUGAGCAUGACGAGUCUGAAGAGGAGGAGGUAGAAGUGAAGAAGAAGAAGAAGUCAGCACCAAAGGAUGACUCAUUCAAGAGGCCAACCAAGCCAUCGGGCAAAAAUCAAGAACCACAACAACAGACAACACCAACCAAGGCUUCACAACAACAGAAGAAGUCUGGUUCACAGUCAGCUGCCAGCACAUCCUCCCAGACGACACAGAGCAAAUCCAAGCAGAUUCACAACUUUGAGCCAUCCAAGUUCAAGAAGGCUCCCGCGCUCAAGCCACUCAACGUCAAGAAGUUGGAAAAGGACGACGAAUACCUGUCGCCCGCCGUCGUCAAGGUCGACAAGCUCAUAAAGAGGUUAAAGAAACUUGAUGAACACUUGUCCAACUUGUCGCCCAGCGAUAUGGAGGGCAAGCUGGACCAUCUCCUCAAGCUAUUGCUUGUUCCAGGUCUGCUCAAGUCAAAGGAUGACGAGCUCAAGCUGAUGGUGGCGUGCUGCCUUGUGGAACUGUUCCGCCUGUCAUGGCCAAGCGUGCCCACAGAGGACGAGGACCAACUGUCCAUCAUAUACGAACUGUUCAUGAACGAGUUGUUCUACUUCCCCGCGGACGACGCAUUGUUCCCCGCCUACUACCACCUCAUCGAGCGACUGGCCUCAAUCAAGGCCUUCUCGAUCUUGGGCAAGAUCGAUGCGCCGGGCCUGCCCGACUUCUUCAAGUCGACACUCAAGCUCAUGGACGACAAACUGCCCCCGGCAAUGCUGCCACUGCUGCAGAACAUUAUGUCGUCGGUCAUUCAGAACCUGGAGGACUACAACGUGCGUGUGAUGGACACGAUCUGCACGUUCAUGCUCGAGAACGACCACCACCAGCUGACGACGCGCGCUCAGGCCGUGCAGUCCAUCCUCACACACAACCGCGAGUAUCUCGAGACUCACUUCCGCUACUAUAUCCGCGAGCUCGUAAGUGGCAUUUCAGAGUCGGAGCUCAAGGCGCGCAAGAAUGAGAUCAUCUACCAUUUGUUCAAGCUGCACCCCACGUUCCUGGACCAGGCUGGCGUCUAUGACAUGGCCGUCGAUCUCCACAACGAGGACCCCAAGGUGCGUAAGAACGCCGUGCAACUCGUGUCCAAGAUGUUCUCGGCCGACCCGCACCUGGACGAGGAAUACUCGGAACUCUUUGUCAAGUUUCUCAAGCGAUUCAUGGAUGCUGAUCAUCGCAUCCGCAAGAUCAUGCUGGAUUUCUCCCGCAUCUAUCCCAUCGACUCGACAUACAGCGACAUCAUCCUGGACUACCUUGUGACGCGUCUCAAGGACACCGAGCCAGCAAUUCGCUCAAUGACCAUCGCGUCCAUGUGCGAGUAUAUCAUAAAGCGCACCAAGCUGCUGACGCCCAAGAUGCUCAAGAACUUUUACGAGCGUGUGCGCGACAAGGAGUCCACUGUGCGCAAGGACGCCGUGGUCACACUGUCCAAAGUGUGGAAGGCCAUUCGCGAGAAGAACGGCCCGAUCGAUGAGUGGCCCCAGCAUCUGGCCGAGUGCUUUGACUGCAUCCCCAACGUGCUGUUCAGCUGCUUCAACCUGUUGGAGGACGACAAGUACCGUCUGGAGGUGGCCAUCGACACGAUCAUACUUGAGGCGCACGCCAACCCCAAGGAGCGCACUGAGAAGUUCCUCGAGAUCCUGGGCUACCUCGACAACAAGUCCAAGGAGAGUCUGUUCACGUAUCUCGAGAAGAAGCGCUCCGUCAUCAAGGAGUUCAACGAGCUGAUGGCCGUGGUGGAGGAGUCGCCCGACGACAAGAAGCUGAUCGAGAAGCACAUUGCCUACGUGGACAACUUCAUUCCCAAGUACGCUAACGAGACGACCAAGACGCUGCUCAAGACGCUGCUGCAGCCGGCCAACAAGAAGGUGCUGGGCCUGCUCAAAGCCAUCAGCAGUCCAGAGACGACACUGCAGAAGCAGUUUGAGAUCAAGGUGGCCAUACUGAACAAGGCGUCGUCGAGCGAGGGCGCCUUCUCCGAGUUCAUCAAGUACUUUGUCUUCUUGCUCAGCUACUCAUUCGUCAGUCACGAGACACUGGAGUUCAUCCUGGAGGACGUGGACAACAAUCUGCCCAACGUCGAGCAGACCAACUUUGUCGAGAAGAGGUAUCUCAAGGACACCAAAGACACCAAGAACGUCGAGAUCAGCAUGGACCUCCUGUUGCGCAUAUCAAAGAUCUCACCCAACAUCUUUGAAGGCUAUGGCGAGAAGCUUGUCGGCUUCCUCUAUCAUUCAAGGGUCAUCACCGACAACUUUGUCCAGAUCAUCUUCAACACGAUGGAGUAUCUCAAGUUCACAAAGCCAACACUCAAGAAACUACAAGGUAUAUUGUCAACACUUUGCGAGAUUGGAUCACCAAAGGUUGUCAAGAUGGCCUUUAGGAUCAUUGAGAAGGUGACCAUCACAUUGACAGACACGCGAGCAAUCUUUAAGGAUCUGGCCGAGAAGCUGGUCUCAACCCUCGAAGACAAGACCAAGAAUAUCAUCUCAUCACUCGUUUCACUUGGACUCAUUGCAAGGAAGUAUCACUCAUUGAUAGACUAUGAGCAUUAUGAGAUGAUAGAGGUAUUCGUGUACAAGGGAGUGAUGAAUGGAAAGGCCAAGGCGGACAUUAAUAUGAAGCAGUGGAAGUUGGACGUACCAUGCUCAAAGGAGGUGUUGCUCAAGAUGUACGGAAUAUAUUAUAUGGGCAACUACUUGUGUGGCAUACCCAAGACGAUGAUCACACGCAAGACCUAUGAGCUGGCCUCAUAUCUCUACGACUUCCUCUACCUGCCCGAGAGGAUGGCCAACCUCACACCCAUGGAGCAGCUCUACAUCAAGCUCUCAGUCAACAUUGAGACGAUGCGCAUGCUGCGCCAGCAUCACUUCACGCUCUGCUUCCAACCUGUACAUUUCAUUGGCUUCUGCAACGUCGCCUCCAUCAAGAGCGAGGCCAAGCACCAAGACGCCCUGCAGCACCGCUUCUUCCACAAGCUGGAUAAGUCGGUCCGCCUUAACAAGAUCCCGCUGCGAUUCAUGGCCGCGUUCGGCCUGACGGCACUGCAGCCCACGAGCAUCGUCAACAUGGUCAAGAAGCAGGUGUCGUCCAUCAUCAAGAUGAAGCGUAUGACCAUCUCGCGACUGGACCCCUCUUUCAAGCUGGAGGGCGAGUGCUACCCAGAGGACUCAUUCACCUACUUCAUCUAUCUGAUCGCGCAUCGCGAGGGCAUCGAGAAAGAGUAUCCCGACUACGAAGAGACGUCCAAGUACUUUAAGUACUACACCAACAUGAUGAUCGAGGAGAAGGACAACUAUGCCAUCCUGAUGAACUACCUCGUCUUUAUCAGGCAGUCCAUCGAUGGACUGGAGCCAUACUCAAAGAACACGCGACGAAUAGCCAAUCACGGCAUUCAAAUCCUGUCCGAGGAGUACAAGGACAAGAAGUGGAAGGUCCAAAAGGUCCAGACCCAGAUGAACCUGCCCAAGGAGUACUUCAUCUACAUGGACAACAUUGACUUUAGAGAAUAUGACAUGGAUACGACUGACAAGUUGCCAACAUUCUUUGUUGUGAUGAAUGGAAGGGGUGCUGAACGAUUGGAUGAGAGCACAUAUUAUCAGAAGCUAGCGGAGAAGAGUCCUGGAUCAGUGUUGAGACAUAACAUAUCAUCAGUCACCAAUACAACAAUUGGCGGCAAAUCACCAGAUGCUGCCAUUCCAUUCGAUAUCACAGAUGCUGGCAAUGAUGAUGCUGGAAAUGAGGAUGAUGAAGAUAAGGAGCAGGCCCAGAAGCCUAUCGCCGCCAAGCCAACACGUGCCUCUGCCAGACAAAGAGCAGCAGCGGCAGCAGCCACAAAGAAGACGACAAAGAGGAAACAAAGAGAGAGCGACCAGUCAUCAGACGAAGCUGAGGAGCCUGAGGAGGAAGCAGAGGAAGAGGAGGAGGCUGAGGAGGAAGCUGCUGAGGAGGAGAUGGAAGAAGCCGAGGAGGAAGAGGCAGAGGAAAAGCCCAAGACUAGAGGUGGAAGGAAGCCAGCAGCGGCGACAAAGAAGAAGCCCGCGACAAAGCGAACGAGGAAGUAA